GAGGAGAGGGAGGUGAAGCGAAUGGACAGCGGGGAAUUCGAAAAAGGCGAUCGCAUCGACGUGAGGCUGAAUGAGCAAGAAUCGCCGGCAAACGGAUGGAAACAAAGCACCGUCUCGAUACAAGACGAACCAACCACGCCGAGUAUCGCACCAUCCGAACCUCGCAGGAAAGACGCAUCGUCCACCCAAAUCCUCAACUUUCUGCUUUCGGACGCGGCUUUGGAGUGGUGCAGACCAGAAGAAGAAAACAAGGACGUUCAACGCAACAACAACCUCAUCACAUACUCGCAAUUUCUCAGCCCUUUCGAAGAGCUCCUCUGCGCCGUUGUCAUGUCACGUUCCAUUCCGUACCGCUUAGGUCUUCGUACCAUCCGGACGAUCCUCAACCCACCGUAUGAAUUCCGCCAACCGGUCGCCAUAAAGAUGGCGGGCAGCGCGAAGAUCCAGCAAGCGCUAUGGAGCGCACGAAUGAAACACAAGGGGCGGACGGCUGAGGAGAUCGACGUCAUCGCUGCAGCUAUGGCAGACAAUCAGUGGCACAACGAUAUCCAGAAGAUCCGUAAGCAGGCAAGAGGCGUUACAGGCCAAGAACGCGAGGCGUUGCAAAGCACAGUCAAGGGGAUGGGUCAGGACGGCUUGGAUAUUUUCUAUCGCCGUAUACAAUGUCAAUGGCCGGAGGUGUACCCAUACAUUGAUCCCAGAGCACAAGCCGCACUCGAGCGGCUCGGCCUGCCAACACGGGCGGAAGGAAUCCAGAAGAUGAUCGAGGACAGAUGGGCCGAGUUUGAGAUUCAAGAGGAGGGCCAAGGAGAGAAAGAGGAGAGAAAGAGGAGAGCCUUUGUGAUUUUGCUUGAGCGAGCGGUGGGGGCAGUCGAGGAGCACAACACUGAAGAAGUUGUUGAGGAGGCAUCACAUCUGUGAGUGUAAUGGUGUGUACUGUACAGGGCUAGGACUUUCGUUUUGUCACGUCUCAUUUUGGGUUUACAACACUCACUAAGGUCUGAUUUUCCUAUGUCAUAUUUUCUUGUAAUGCUCUCUCAUCACUCGCCAAUGAGCGUGUCUUUUUUUAGUCUUGGGUGGUAGAAUUUUAACUGGAUGUUAGAAUGCUGAGGUCUGUUCUGUCAGUGUUCAAUUAGUCGAAUGCCACAUGAAUUAUAAUACUAC